UCCGUAAAGUCAAGAAGAAAGACUUGUUGAUGAUAAUGGCAAGAAGAAAGGCAAAGAAAACAGUUAAGAAGUCCAGCCCUUCAUCUGGACGAGACGCAAAAGAUGAAGCAGUGAAUAAGUUAAAGACUGACUCCGACGAAGAUGUUGAACGGCAUGCUGCUGCAAUCCGUGCCAUUCGGGAUGUGGAGAUCGAGCGUUUGAUUACUGUAUUGCGGUUGCUUCGUUCGUAUUUCAACAAAGAGCAAUUGCAAACUCCUCUAUUGCAAUUUUUCGAAGAGAAACUUCCAAGCUUGUCCAUUUCGAUAAGAGGCAAACAAGGUGAAAUUGAAGUACGAUGGAAGGAUACAGAGGAUGAAUUACACACCAAUCCAGCGGAUGGAGUAGAUAUACAUGCUUCUCUUCUUCAUCGCCUUUCCACAGCUUAUCCUUACUGCUCUGCCGGAAUGCGAUCGUUUAAUGGAUUUGAAUUUUCCAGUAAAUCAGUGAAAACAAAUCCUUUCAAUGCUGAGAACCUGCAAAUUCCGAACUUUGUUUUGGAGGAGCCCUCGGAUGAUAUGACGCUUGGCAUGCCAGAUAUUGUCCAGACUCCUGGCGUUCGUAUCUUCAUGAUAAGUAACCAAAGAUUGUCUAUUGGGAUGACACCGAAAACCCGAAGACUGCCGAAGCCAGGCGAGAUGCUUGUGUCUAUCCAUGGAUCCCCACUUGGUGUUUACAAGGAAGACAACAUGGAAGCAAUCCAUGAAUCAGAAGAGGGUUGAUCGGUUGAUUCAAGGUCACUUGACCGAUUGUCAAUAAAACCGAAACUUCAGAUGCGUUUAUCCCCGACUGUCAUUCUACCCUUUCUUUCAACCUUCUUUUAUUGUUCCUAACCUUACAAGUGUAACUAAGGAGCGAUAUAAGAAGGUUGAGUCAAGGACUCUUAAGGUUUGUUUGGUUCAUGAUCCAUAAACAAAUUAGUAAAUACAACUCUAGAAACCACAGAAAUGUGGGAUGAUAGAGAAAGUGAAAAUGGAAAGAUGCAGCUUGAAAAUUAGGACAACUCUGGUGUGGUUUAGAGUGAAAAUGGAAGAAAUAUGGUUUGGUUUGGGCCUCAGUUGGAAUUUCUGACUUGCUUUUCUCCCUUUUUUCUCUCAAUGUCAUUAUUUUGAAUUUUCUGCAUUUCUUCCACUUUCCUGUUAAUGUGAAAGAAAAAAGUGACAUUUUUAGUGGUUUGAUUAUAUUUCUUCCACUAGUGAAUGUGAUUUUCUCCUUUCAACUUCUUUAAAAAUGUGUACAAAAUAAUAUUAGCUCUAUAAGAUCCCAUUUGUUGCAGAUUUCUA